UUAAAAAAAGAACAGCGGUACGUCGUAUUUUACUACGAUCGGCGGAGGAGACGAUACGCAAGGAGCAAGUGUCCGUAGGAGGUAAAAAACAAUCCGCGGAUGAUGUUCGACGAGGUGGGGAAAGACUUUGCUCUCCAGGAUUUAGCAUCGUUCGUAAUUUUCCUCGCUCUGAUGGUUGGAGUAGCGAUAUCGAAACCGUUAUGGUCGACUAUAAUCGAUAACAAUGACAUAUAUUCCGUACCCGAAGUCAACGCACACUAUCUCGCUACGUAUCAAGAUACGCAUUCUCCCUAUUAUGUUUACAAUAUCUAUACAAACGCAGGAGGUAUACCGAGCACUGUUCACGUCAGCGGUAAACCGGAAAUUUCUUACGUUCCUGCUUACAAUUUUUAUUACGGGACGCCGAUAUACGAUCUUCGGAUUCCAUUAAAUCCGAUUUAUCCCAUGCUACCACCAUCGCAUCCAGGAGUGCUUCCUCCAGCACUUCCACCAACAGCCACGCAACGACCUUCCGACGAUGAUGAUUACGACGGCAUCGAGAAAUUAGAUACAAAAGUCGACACAGUCGAUACAGAAACAAAGAAACCGGGAAACGACGAGCAGGAUGACGAUUCCAUAACUGUGGAAGCGAUAUGAGGGAAAUUAUUUUGCUCAUCACGUACAUAGCUCAUACAAACGUGGAACGAAUGAAGGUUUAAUUAUUGAACGAUACGUGAUCGUGUCUACUUCCUUAUUUCGUCUUAUAUAUUAUAUAUUAUUUUGCGUGAUAAAUUUCAAGACGUUAAAUAUUUUUUCUUAUAUGUACACUACUGUCCAAAAGUUUGGGAGCAGUUAGGAAUUGUUAAUUAUCAAAUGUCAAGUUUGCAGAUUUUUUAUUAUAAUCAAAGGAUUAGAUAUGUAUUAUUAUACAUUAUUAAUUUUUAUUAUUAUUUUUAUUAUUUAUUAUUAUUUUUGUUUAAUUAAAAAGUAUGACUGCUUCUAAACCUUUGAACGGUAAUUUUAUAUAUAUAUAUAUAUAUAUAUAUAUAUAUAUACAUAC